AUGGGGUGCCUCUGCACUUGUGUCAUCUUGUGCCCACUUCUUGGGAUCGAACCACAGGAUGGCUUGACGGGCAGCGCCUGGGGAGAUUGGGCCAACUACACGGCUUCUCCGCUUCGGGCGUUCGAGAAUGAGCUCGGGGCGCAGGCGCCCUUGGGCUUUUGGGAUCCUUUGGGUCUUUCCAGCGAUGGGAACCUCUACUCCUUCAAGCGCAGACGUUCCGUGGAGUUGAAGCACGGGCGCAUUUGCAUGCUGGCGACCAUGGGCUACAUCACCCCAGAGGUGGCUGGCAAGUUCCCAGGCUACUUGUCUACUUCCCAGAAGCUACUCUUCUCAGACAUUCCCAACGGACUUGCGGCAAUCUCCAAGGUGCCUUUGGCCGGCUGGAUUCAGAUCUUUGGCUACUGCGCCUACUGCGAGAUUUCGGCAGGCUAUGAUGCAGACAUCACCAAGCGCACCCCUGGUGACAUGGGAUGGAACCCACCCCUGUUCUCUGGAAACAAUCCCGAGACCAAGACACGCCGAUUGAACGCAGAGCUUGCCAACGGACGCCUGGCCAUGAUGGCCACCAUGGGCAUGUUCUUUCAGGAUGGCUUGACUGGCAGUGCUUGGGGUGACUGGGCCAACUACACUGACUCACCUUUGCGCGCCUUCGAGAACGAGUUGGGCGUGCAGGAGCCUGUGGGAUUCUGGGAUCCCGCAGGAUUUACUGCGGACGGCAGCGUUGAGAACUUCAAGCGGCGUCGUCAGACAGAGCUCAAGCACGGAAGGAUCUCCAUGCUCGCAACAAUGGGCUACAUUACCCC